AUGGCGACAGGGGAGUGCUCAGUUUGCUUGCCGGGAUGGAAAGGGACACCCUGUGACCAAGUAUGUGUCCCAGGCGAUUAUGGACCAGGGUGUACAUCACACUGUGGUCAAUGUCUUGAUGGCACCACCACAUGCAACACGGACAACGGUUUUUGUCCGCAUGGGUGUGCAUCUGGAUACAGAGGGCAGUUGUGUACUAUACCCUGUACUUCCGGAGAGUAUGGACUAGACUGUACAUCACACUGUGGGCAGUGUCGUGACGGAAACGCGACGUGCAACACGUACAACGGACACUGUCCUGCUGGAUGUGCACCUGGAUUCAAAGGAGUCAUCUGUAAAACAAAAUGUUCCCCCGGAGAGUAUGGACCCGGAUGUACGUCACAUUGCGGUCAGUGCAGUGGCGGGAACACAACGUGCAACGUAUACAGCGGUCAAUGUCCGAGCGGAUGUGCAUCCGGAUACAAAGGCGAUGUUUGUUCAACUUUCAUUUUAAAGCCUGUGCUCGCGGAGAGUUUGGACCAAACUGUGCUUCAAACUGUGGCUACUGUCAUGACAGCAACACGACGUGUGACAUAUUCAACGGGUACUGUCCAGCCGGAUGUGCCACUGGAUACAAAGGAUACUUCUGUAAAACCAAAUGUUCUCUCGGGGAGUUUGGACACGCGUGUACGUCACAGUGCGGUCAUUGUAGUGGUGGAAACACAACGUGCAACUUAUACAACGGUCAUUGUUCGAGCGGAUGUGCACCCGGAUAUAAAGGAGAUUUAUGCUCAACUGCCUGUGUUUCCGGAGAGUUUGGACCAAACUGUACCUCCAAAUGUGGCUACUGUCAUGACGGCAACACGACGUGUGACAUAUUCAACGGGUACUGUCCAGCCGCCGGAUGUGCCGCUGGAUACAAAGGAGACUUCUGUAAAACCACCUGUGAUCCCGGAGAAUAUGGUCCAGACUGUACACGCAAUUGCGGUUGGUGUCGUGAUGGCUACACCACGUGCAGUGUAUACAACGGCCAAUGUCCGAAUGGAUUGUCCAUUUGGAAAAUAUGGUGACGGAUGUCUGUUCAACUGUAGCGGCAACUGCAGUGAAAAUAAUACCUGUAAUUACAUUAACGGCGAAUGUUCAUAUGGAUGUGAACGUGGUUUUGACUUUGCAAUUGACAGGCAUUGCAGAACACAAUGUAAGAAUGGAACAUUCGGCAAAGACUGUACCCACAAGUGUGAUUUUUGCAUGAACGGCGAUUGCAACACAUUAGAUGGAACUUGUCGUAGUGGAUGUAUGAAGGGUUAUUUGGGGCAGUUUUGUACGGAGGGUCAGAAUCAAAAUAAUGACCAGUGGACUCGACAAGCAAAUAACAUCAUUCUUGUUGUUGCCGCUGUCUCAUCAACAUUGCUGUUUGUUUCAAUCGUAGCUAAUGUUUUCCAGUAUUGCAGAAGAAAGUCCAAGUACAGAAAAAGGAAAGAGAAGGUGGACACCGAUUAUUUCACAGUACCUGGACCAUCAGCGCCAUCUGAUUACGACAGCCUUGAUGCAAUUGAACUGAGUUCAACUCGAGGAAAUAGACAGUAG